CAUAUGUAUACACUGUUGAGAAGCUUGUUACAUCCGGACAAGCCAAGAGAAAAGCCGUUUGCAGACAUCUGUGCCACGUUGAAGGUCCAUUUCCACCCAAAGCCUUCUACUACGAUGCAACGUAUCAAAUUCCACAGCAGAAGUCACCAGCCAGGUGAGUCAGUGACAAAUUACAUAGCGGAAUUACGUAGGCUGGCCGAAUAUUGUGAGUUUGGGGAUUCGUUGAGUGAUUUUCUGCGAGAUAGACUGGUAGUGGGAGUUCAAGAUGAGAGGAUUCAGAGACGGUUGCUGUCAGAGAGAGAUCUGAAAUUCCAGAAAGCGUGUGAGGUGGCUCAAGCGAUGGAGUUGGCAGCUAAGAAUGCUGAACAGUUGAGUGUUAGUGCAAGUGUGGAUGUCAAGCCUGAGACACCACCAGUGGUUGUCCAAAAUGUGAACAGCCAGAAACCCACUCUGUCAAGCUGCUAUCGGUGUGGCUAUAAGGGCCAUGUUCCAUCAAGCUGCCGUUUUAAGUCAGCAAUUUGUCACGGGUGCAAAAAGAUGGGACACAUACUUAGAGCAUGCAAGGCCAAAGGAAAGGGUGGCAAGCAAGAACAGCGAGCAGCUGUAGUGGAACACAAAUGAGAAUUACCCGAGGAUGGUGAACAGUCACAACAGCAUCAUCACUUAUAACUCACAAAGUGAGAAGAGGAGAUAGUACAUU